UCUUCUGCCAGCUUCUGCCAUGGUGUCUGCAACCUCCUUCGUACCCAAUGGUCUUCUGAGCUUCUCGAACGUGGCAAAUAUUCUCCCUGAUGAAAAUGAAGCUCCCGUUGCGGGACCCUCGUCUCCACGAACUCCCGCUCCAACCACGUUCGGCCCACCGGUAGAGGCAUCGUUGCCAGCUACGAAAUCAAGUGCAGAACGAGCCCUACAAGAAUUAGUUGAUGAUAUUGAUGUGUUAAAGGACAUGGAAUCUUUUUUGGACGUUGGUGGAACGAACGCCAGUACAUCACUACCGUUAGAGCCACCAAUGUUCAAAUCUAAUGGACUUCUGUCUUCUAUCAAUAGUAAAAACUCACUAUCUGACCCAUUCAUCUGGACUGGACUUCUAUCUGACAGCUUGAGCUCACAAGAUGACGAUCUACCGCAAGUUUCUGAAGCAUUUAGCAUUCCUCACGCAGUUUCGAAAAGCACGGCGUCUUUUCCUAGUUUCGACCAAUCCACAUCCAAAUUCAAUCUUAAAGCAAGAACUUUCGACGGUCGGACCAUCUUCAUCAGGCGCAAACAUAAACCCUCUCCAGACACACGAAAAACGGCGUCUUUGUCUACCAGAGGAAUGGGUAACUUGCUUGACGUGCCCAUACACCGACUUCUCGAUGACAUCUCCAGGGAGCAAGCGAUGGAACUCAGCCAGCGCCAACGGCCCUCACACACGAAACACGAUGUCGGGCACAUCCUAUGGGUAGACCGUUACCGACCUCAGCGGUUCACAGACCUCAUGGGCAAUGAACGCGUGGCCAGGGAGAUAUUAUCUUGGGUGAAGCAAUGGGAUUGGUGUGUAUUUGGAAAGAGCAAGGAAAGGAAACGUCCACGAAAUGGCGAUGAGAAUGUCGACUUUGAAGACGAGUAUCAUCGUCCCAAAGAGAAGAUCCUGUUAUUAUCCGGUCCUCCAGGUUUGGGAAAGACCACAAUGACCCAUGUCAUUGCCCGUCAAGCCGGAUAUGAAGUCGUAGAAAUCAAUGCCAGUGACGCUCGUUCCGGACAAAUUGUCGACGACCGAAUACGACCAACUCUUGAAUCUGGUUCAACUGUCGGCAGCUCCAAACCAGUACUAGUCGUUAUUGAUGAGAUUGAUGGGGCCACGGGCGCGGGAGAGAACACGUCGAAUUUCAUUUACAAACUUAUUCAGUUGACCUUUGACAAACCACGGAGGAAAGUGCGCGCAGGACAGCAAUGGGAUCCAAAUGCCAAACGACCGAUAUUGCGCCCGAUCAUAUGUAUCUGCAACGAUAUCAAUGCAUCCUCGCUUGCGAAACUGCGACUACACGCAUAUCAGAUUAGACUGCAAAAACCGGCCGAUGUACACACUGUAAAGCGACUUCGGCAGGUCUGUGAGCUUGAAGGGCUUCAAACUGAUACCCGAGCCCUUUCUGCCCUUGUAGGGAUUGCCAGAGGCGAUCUAAGAGGAUGCAUCAACACUCUUCAGUUCAUCAAAGCCCGCAGGGAAGUCGUCACAGAGGAUGUCAUUCGCAAGGCGACUGUUGGAAUGAAGGAAGCAGAGAUGUCAGUUAUCUCUGUCCUAACUGACCUUUUUAGUCCGUUGUCGAAAAGACGAGUAAAAGAGCUCGGUAUGGGAGACGAAGAAGAGUCUCGUUAUGUCGGACGCCUGAGUCGUGUUGUCGACUCCUGUGGUAGGGACUCCAGUAUUGCCAUUGGCUGUUUUUCUCACUACGCUAAUCUUCGUCAGCAUGAUGCCGAUUUCUCGCGGUAUCAAAAAGCCAAUGAAUGGCUGAUGACUUUUGACCGUUUCUCCGCGGCGAUGUAUGCAGAGGGAGAGUUUGCGCUAAGCCAAUACUUGCCGUACACUCUUGUUCCGUUCUAUCCUCUGUUUCAGGAAAGAGGCGGCCCAAGGGUGGAAAGGGAUCAAUCAGAUUGGGAGAAUAUGCAAACCGUCAAAGCCAAUGAGGAGAUUUACAAGUCUUUAGGACGUGGUCUACAGACAGCCAGCACUCGCCUCGGAGGAGAUUUCCGCCACCUUGUUCACACUCCUAUCAUGCAAUUGGAAUUUGCUCCCCUCAUAAACCGGAUUAUAUCUCCCCCUUUGCGUCCAGUCAACUCUCAAGUCAUCAAGCCCGAGGAGCGAGCACUACUAUCGCGACUCGUUCAGAUUAUGACGAGGCUCGAACUGCGCUUCGUGCAAGAAAGAGCAGAAGAUGGACAAUUAACCUAUCGACUAGACCCGCCUAUAGAUGUUUUUGUCACCUACGACGGGAAACGGACAGCAGAUAUUGCUGUCUCGCGUUAUGCCGUUCGACACCUUGUUGCUCAAGAAGUCGAUGCCGAAUUGACCGCUUUGCAAACCGAUAUUAUUGAAAAAGGAAAGAAAGGGAAACACGCCAAUAUGUCUGACAAAACGUCAAAGGCGCGGACGGAUGACCAAUCGUCUGAACCGAGUUCUGCUCGUCCCACGAAACGUGCCAGAACGGAGGAGGUUGAUAUCGCAGACCGGCCGCCAACCGACUUCUUUGGGCGACCAAUUACUAGCUUCGCUGGUGCUGUUGGAAGCACCGAUAAUAAAGUCGUCGAGAAAAAGUACCGUGUAGCGUAUAAGUUCAUCGAAGGCAAUUCGGCCGCUGUUCGCAAACCUAUCAAAGUUGAAGCAUUCUUGUAAUAGCGAACUCGCAGUGUUGAGACAUUCCGGCGAUGUGCGCAAGCGAAGAUAGUUUAUCUCAUAGGAUGUGAUGUACAACUUAGAUUUAACUUAUGCAGAAUCUUAUUAUGAGGUUAGG